UCCUAGGUAGACCUAACCCAGCCUACUGCCUACUCUGACGUUUCAUGGACCAGUAACUAUGACCGGCAACGCUGACAACAAGGGGUGGAAGACGGUCACCGAAGGCGACGAUGAAAACCAACGACGCUGAGGUUCUGUCUCCAAUCUCUCCUUCUAUCUUCACAUAUAGAACACCGGCCGCCAUCCUGAGUAAAAUAAGGGUAGUUUGUAUUUGAUCUUUUGCCAAUAGAUUCAAAUUGUAUCUGUGGUCGCCCAGUCGCCCUUGUUGGUUCAGGAAAGAAGAUGGUUGGAGUUAUUUUAGGCAUGCCAGGACCAUGGGCUGAUGAUAUCUAUGAAGUAGCUGAUCAUUAUACCACAAAAAUUGGUGGACUUCCAGAUUGGCCUGUUUCAGAUAGCAUGAUAAAGUCUCAUGUUCUUGAGUGCAGUUUGUGUAAAAGCAAUCUCUGUCUCCUUGCACAGGUUUAUGCUCCUAUUUCAAGCAAGGGUGUCGAAAUUGAAGAACGGAUAAUAUACAUUUUUGGUUGUGUUACACCAGAAUGUGGGAUCACACCUGUAAGCUGGAAAGCUCUACGAGUUCAAAAACUUGUCAGUGGAGAAGGGUCAAAUGCCCCCGCUGAUGAUACUGUCCCUUUGCCUACAUCUUAUUCUACAUUGAAUAAUGACUGGAAAGAGGAUUUGUUGAGUUUUGAUUUUGCUGAAGAGGAAGAUAGUGAAAAUGAUAUAGACUUGGAAGAGUUGAGUAGGGCAUUUUCUCAAGCGGCAAGCCUGGCUUCUCACUCCAAGAAAAAAGUUCGAGAUCAUGGACAUAAUGCAAAACCUGUUGCAUUGGGCCAAAACUCUAGGGUGAUUGAUGAAAAAUUACCUGUGAUGCCAUGUUUCUAUAUACAUGCCGAGGAGGAGAUAUUCCCCAAACAGAAUAAAAAAACACUGCCUUUUAUCAAUGAACAAAAUGUUGAUAACACAAAUGAUGAAGUUUGGGAAGAGGAGAAAUAUGAAUAUGACAGAGCACCGAAUGCAGACAGGAUUUACCUUAAAUUCAAAAAGCGACUGGAUGCAUACCCAGAGCAAUGUUUCAGAUACUCAUAUGGUGGAAAGGAACUAUUAGCUUCUGCAGAGCAGAGUGAUCCUGACAAAUGCAGGCUGUGUGGUGGAUCUAGGCACUAUGAAAUGCAGUUGAUGCCCCCACUGUUAUAUUUUUUACAUGAAGCUACUGGAAAGAAGUUGAAGCAAUGUCUGGAUAAAUGGAACUGGAUGACUUUAAUCGUCUACACUUGUUCCAACAACUGUUCAUCUGAAGGAAGCUGCGGAAAAGAUGGGUGGACUGUAGCAGAGGAAGCCAUUGUUGUACAGUACGAAUAGAUAGAAUGAAAGCACUGAAUGUGGAGGCAUUGAGCCAACAUACAUAUGCGUUAUUGGCUAGGAAGGAGAGUCGUGUGUAUCGUUUUUGGCAGCUUUAUGUUCAAUUUGACUCCACAAGCAAAGUGUGAAUUUGAUUUUGGGAUGGAAGUAGUAUUAGUACCUGUGCUGAAAUUUGUCUUUGUUGGUAAUCCUAUUAGGCUAUUAUUACUGGUUUGACACUUAAACGGAAUUUUGCUGGACUUGACUAAAGUCUGAUUAGGCAUACAUCGCUUUGACGUAGUUAUUAUUAGUCUUAACUCUUAAUACGAAGUAUUAUGUAUUUAUGUAAUUUCAGUGUGAUUGCUGUUCUCAUA